AUAGAGACGCGCCGCCUGGGCUGCGUGCGCUGGCGCACGGGAGAGCCGCCGGCGAGGCGAGCGCCCGGCGCGGGCCCCUGGCGGGCGGGCGGGGCACCCCAUGUCCGACGCUCGGACCUGAGCUACGAGGGUUCGAGUCCCGCCCCCACCCUGGGCGGAGCCGGGGGCGGCCUCGUGGCGGUGCACCCGCCCUCAGCGCCUCUCGUGUGCCUGGCCCAAGGCGAGGUGGCCCUCGUAGGCCCGAGUCCAGGCAGAGGACGGGCCGGACGAUGAGUGACAAGCUGGACAACGAAGGCCCUGGGCCCACGGAGGGCUGCGGCCAGGACAGCGGCAGUGCCCCGGGCAGCCCCGCAGCCGCGGCCCCCCAGGAGAAGGAGGAGGAAGAGGGGGCUGGGGCGGCUGCAGAGCCCGGGGCUCAGCCUGGGCUCUACGGCUACAUCAGGGACGGCUUGUUCACCUCGGAGAUCUUCAAGCUGGAGCUGCAGAACGUGCCCCGCCACGCCAGCUUCAGCGAUGUCCGGCGCUUCCUGGGCCGCUUUGGCCUCCAGCCCCAUAAGACCAAACUCUUCGGGCAGCCUCCUUGCGCCUUUGUGACAUUCCGCAGCGCAGCUGAGCGGGACAAGGCCCUGCGUGUGCUGCAUGGUGCCCUUUGGAAAGGCCGGCCGCUCAGCGUGCGCCUGGCCAGGCCCAAGGCUGACCCCAUGGCCAGGAAGAGGCGGCUUGAGAGUGAGGGGGAGCCACCCGCCACUUGUGUCGCUGAUGUAGUGACCCCUCUUUGGGCCGUGCCCUACGCAGAACAGCUUGAGCGGAAGCGGCUAGAGUGCGAGCAGGUGCUGCAGAAGCUGGCCAAGGAAAUUGGGAGCACCAACCGCGCCCUGCUGCCCUGGCUGUUCUCGCAGAGGCACAAGCACAACAAGGCCUGCUGCCCGCUGGAGGGGGUCAGGCCGUCUCCCCAGCAGACUGAGUAUCGUAAUAAGUGUGAAUUUCUGAUCGGCGUCGGGGUGGAUGGGGAGGACAACACAGUUGGCUGCCGCCUCGGCAAGUACAAGGGUGGGACGUGUGCUGUAGCCGCCCCCUUUGACACGGUGCACAUCCCCGAGGCCACCAAGCGGGUGGUGAAGGCCUUCCAGGAGUUCAUCCGGUCCACUCCAUACUCGGCAUACGACCCAGAGACAUACUCGGGCCACUGGAAGCAGCUGACUGUGCGCACCAGCCGCCGUGGCCAGGCCAUGGCCAUUGCCUACUUCCACCCCCAGAAACUGAGCCCUGAGGAACUGGCAGGGCUGAAGGCCUCCUUGGCGCACCACUUCAUGGCAGGACCGGGCAAGGCCAGCGGGGUGACCUGCCUCUACUUCGUGGAGGAGGGACAGCGGAAGACUCCCAGCCAGGAGGGCCUGCCCCUGGAGCAUGUGGCUGGGGACCGGUGCAUCCACGAGGACCUGCUGGGGUUGACUUUCCGGAUCUCUCCUCACGCCUUCUUCCAGGUGAAUACCCCAGCAGCCGAGGUGCUCUACACCGUCAUCCAGGACUGGGCCCAGCUUGACACAGGGAGCACGGUGCUAGACGUGUGCUGCGGCACUGGCACCAUUGGCCUGGCCCUGGCCCGGAAGGUGAAGAGAGUCGUGGGGAUUGAGCUGUGCCAGGAGGCCGUGGAGGAUGCCCGGGUGAACGCCCGCGACAAUGAGCUGAGCAACGUUGAGUUCCACUGUGGGAGGGCUGAGGACUUGGUGCCCACCCUGGUGAGCAGACUGGCCUCCCAGCAGCUCGUUGCUGUCCUGGACCCACCCCGCGCCGGCCUGCAUUCCAAAGUGAUCCUGGCCGUCCGCAAAGCUGAGAAUCUCAAGCGGCUCCUGUACGUCUCCUGCAACCCCCGGGCGGCCAUGAGCAACUUUGUGGACCUCUGCAGGGCCCCGUCUAACCGGGUGAAAGGCACUCCCUUCCGGCCUGUCAAGGCUGUAGCCGUGGAUCUGUUCCCACAGACCUCGCAUUGUGAGAUGCUCAUCCUAUUUGAGAGAGUGGAGCAAUCCAAUGGCUCAGGGGCCCCGGAGCCCCAGGAUUCUACAGCCCAGCCCCCACCAGGGCCCCCAGAUGACACCCUGCAGGGAAGCGGGGUCUCCCCCUCUCCCUAGGCCUGUGGAGCAGCGGAAACCAGCCCUUCCAGAACAGGGCCCAGUUUGCAUCACAGGAGCAGCAGCCCAGGGGCUCCCUGAGACCUUGCCUUACCCCAGGACGCUGAGCCACCAACCACGGAGGGCAUGAGACCUGGCCACCCUGCCCAGGGCCAUGGGAUCCUCUGCCCCUCUGCCACCCUCCCCGCCCCGUUCUUUUUGGACCAACUGGGCCAAAAGAGCCAGAAUAAACAAUUGAUGAGCCACCAA